AUGGACGACUCAUUCGGUCCACGGCUGCUUGGCCAUUUUGAUUUUACGUUGCUUUUCGAGCAUACCAUGCUCCAUAUUAUUCCUGCCUCUGUCAUCGUCUUUGCAACGCCUUUUUACAUUUACACGCUCUUCCAUGGUACUAACGUCGUUCGAUCUGGUGUCUUGCUAUGGAUCAAGAUUUUCUGCGCCCUUGCCAUGGUUGGGAUACAAAUAGCAAACGCUGUGCUCUGGUCUCAAUCCGCGCUCGAGUCCCAGCUGGCCCAGGCAGCUGCCAUUAUGACCAGUAUCAGCGCGGCAUGCAUGGGCAUCAUGGUCGUGGUUGGCCACCUGUAUUUUCUUCGUCCGCCUUCAUUCCUUGGCCUGGCCUUGACUCUGACUAUGAUCUUCGACGUUGGUACAACUUGGACUUACUUUCAUCGAAACGGGCUCGAAUCCAUCGCACGACUGCACGUUCCGCUACCUGCCCUUAAGCUUGUUCUCAUCUGCCUCGAAGAAGUCUCUAAGCGAAAUUUGAUUCGGUCCAAAGCUCUGCGAUCCUCACUAGGGCAAGAGGCUCUCGCUGGCUUCUGGAAUCGAUCCUUGUUACUAUGGGUCAACCCGCUCCUAUUAUUCGGGUUCCGCCGAGAAAUUACCAUGAAUGUUCUCCCUGGCGUUGGGCCACAUCUCGAGGCCGAGCUCCUCUAUCAGCACUUUCAGCGCCGCUGGGACGAGACUAAUAAAGUGUCGAGAUGGGCUCUUAUCAAAGCUUGCGUUUUGACUAUGCCUUGGCCAUUCUUGUACAUUAUUUUGCCACGGCUAUUAGCCGUUGGCUUCAACUUUGCACAGCCAUUCUUGUUGCAGGAUGUGGUUAAUGCUGUGGCUUCAGAUACAGAAUCGCCCAUCGGUCUCAUCAGAGGCCUGAUCCUCGCCACAACAGCCAUUUAUGUCGGCAAGGCCGUCUCCAAAUCUUGGUACAUUCACCUCAAAAACCAAAUAAUGAUCGGUGUCAGAGGCAUUCUGAUUUCAGCCAUCUAUCACAAGUCGCUCAAGCUGCCAGCCGAUGAUUUAGCCGAGGCUGCUGCCGUUACCUUGAUGAAUGUCGAUGUUACUGGCGUGACCCAUUUGAUCUCGCUUUCGUAUGAGAGUUGGGCCCGGUUGCUCGAGAUGGGUCUUGGCAUAGGAAUCUUGGCUGUUUUUGUCGGUGCCGCCACCCUUUUCACCAUUAUCCCCACCGUCAUUACCAGCAUUGGCUCUGCAUAUGUUGCUCGCCAUAUGAUAGCAACCCGCAGAAAGUGGAAUGAGCACAUGCAGGAUCGAAUUGCAGCAACCUCCAACAUUUUGGUGCAGAUCAAAGACAUCAAGAUGCUUGGCCUCAAUACUGUCUUGUCUAAUCGUCUCCAAAAACAGUUUGAAAGCGAAAUCGAUGUAUCCAUGACAAAUCGCCACCAAAUCGCGGCGACGUUCGGUAUUGGAGAUUUUGCGACGGCUAUGACACCGGUUCUUGUCAUUGCCGGUACCAUCUUCUGGACAAGAGCGUCAGAGCCCAUCUCGGUAGCGCGCUUCUUCACGACGCUCGCCGUCGUCACUCUAGUCUCUAGUCCGCUUUCUGCUUUUGUCCAAACUUUGAGCAGCUGGUCGAGUGGCUUUGCUUGCCUCGUCCGCAUCCAGAAUUAUCUCAACCUCUCAGAAACGGAAGAUGCCCGAUGCUUUGCCUUGCAAGCUGGCGUCGUCGACACCGAUGAUCUAUUGCCCGGUGCUGUAUCUCAGGCCUCGUCUAACCUGCGUAAUCGCCAGCGACUCACCACCUCAGUUGUGCCCUAUCCUGUGGAAAUCACCCGUGUGUCGGUCUGUACAGACUUGUCAGGCUCCAUUCUGAACGAUGUGUCUAUGCAUGUCCCUCUUGGAGGUAUUACGAUGGUCUACGGUCCAGUCGGCUCUGGCAAGUCUACGCUACUGAGGACUAUUCUUGGUGAGGUCCCAACCAGGUGUGGCACAGUCACACUUGCGUCACUUUCCAUUGCGUAUUGUGCCCAAGUGCCUUGGAUACAAAACACUACCAUUCAAAACAACAUCAUGGCAGGUCGAUCCUAUAAUGCCCUUUUAUACCGACAAGUUUUACACAUCUGUGCAUUAGAUGUCGAUAUAGCUCGCCUGCCGGCCCGCGAUCAAACAAUCUGCGGAAGUGACGGUUGCAAUCUUAGUGGGGGACAGAAGCAAAGAAUUUCUCUUGCGCGCACUCUGUAUACCCAGGCCGAACUUCUUGUCCUGGACGACCCAUUCAGUUCGUUGGACAGGGAGACGUCGUCGACUAUUCGGAUCCGACUCUUUUCGGAGAGUCAUUAUCUGGCAGAUAAUGCGAGCACAAUUGUCAUGACUACUAGCAUGAGGCAACACCUGGUGGAUGCAGACGCCAUCUAUAAACUGGACGACACGGGUCAAGUCGAAAUAAGGUCUUUGGAGCAGAUUCAGACCGAAUCAGAGUCAUAUAAUGAUAUUCAAUCGAGACAAAUGGGCGGCCAGAGCACCUCUCAAGCCGAACUUGCUGCUGCUACAGCUGUGCCCACUGAGAAGGAAUUUGAGCCACCUCAAGUCAUACCAACCGCGAGCAGCGGCGCACGAGACAAUUUAUCCAACAAGAAAUACGGAGAUUUCACACUGUAUAAGUACUUCCUCAGACCAGCGGGGCUCUACUGCGUGAUACUAUGGCUUUCGAGUAUUGCUAUCGCCGCUGUUGCUGAGAAAAUGCCUCGAAUCUAUGUUCGUUUCUGGUUGGCUGAUAAUCCCGAUAAUCGUCUGUACUACAUCGGGUAUGCCGGGCUAGGACUCAUUGCACCUGUUCUAUCAUACUUGCAGGCGUACGCCUUUUUCUAUUUCAUCAACAUUAAAUCAGCUACCUCGUUGCACUGGGCACUAUUGGAUGCGACGAACAGAGCCACGUUCGAAUUUCUGACAGAGCAAGAUGCUGGCGAAUUGCUAAACAGGUUCAGCCAAGACACGUCUAUGGCAACACAAGAGUUACCUAUGGCUAUCAUGCCGACUAUCUGGGGUUUUGUAUCGCUCUUGAUCGAUGUCAGCAUUAUCUCAUCGGGUGCGACCUACGCCACCCCCAUCAUACCGCUGUUCCUUUUUAUAUUAUUCGUUCUGCAGCAUUUUUACUUGCGUACCUCUCGACAACUAAGAAUCCUGGAGCUCGACAGCACAAAGACGCUGGUCAGCCACUCUACCGAGAGUAGCACCGGUAUUGAGCAUAUUCGUGCAUUUCAAAUGGAGGAGGACUUCGUCAGGCAUCUGUAUCGCAUCCUCGAUGAGUCCCAAAAACCGCUCUAUUUUCUUUUUGCCAUUCAGCAAUGGCUAAUUUCGGUCAUGGACUUUGUUACGGCGACUGCAGCCGUGUGCAUUGUCAGUCUGGCACUCAACUUCAAAAAGACUACAUCCGCCUCCGCAAUGGGCUUGGCUCUGCUGGGUCUCAUCUCCUUCAGCGACUUUACUUCUCAGACUGUCCGUUUCUUUGUCGAAAUGGAGAAUACCUUUGGCGCUGUCGCUCGCAUCAGAGACUUUGCCAGAAUGACGCCGAAAGAGGAUGACGAAGAGAAAUGUGAGGAUGUGCCUGAUCAAUGGCCACUAUCUGGCAGGGUUGACCUGGACUGCGUCAGCGCCAUGUAUAAGUACAAUACUUUUGCGCCCGACUUGCAGCGAGAGAGGCUGACGAAACUCAUCCUAGAGCGGAUACCGAAAAACCGCAUGUUGCGCUCGAAAACAUAA